AUGCUUGCGUCGUACAAGAACGAACUCGCCCGAAAGACCCCUUGGCCUUGUAUUGGGUCCGACUCUUUAGGAGUUAGCAGUUUUACAAUCCUAUUUGAAGUUCUAAAAUUACUCGUAAACCGCACGGCAAUCGGCUACACUCUUUUAUAUUUGCUAGACAAGCAUGCUUAUCCAGUUAUAGGUUUUUAUGUCGUUUCUCUCUAUCUUUGGAGUAUCUUUGUUAUUUCCUUUUUAGGUAAUACUAACCUAAAAUGGACCGAAGCAACUAUAUUUUUGCUUUUUAUCAGUUUAGUGACUAUCUUUCAUGGCCGCUAUCGACAAAAAGACUUUUCCAUUUGGAGAACCACUCGUGAUCUUCUGCUGAUUGGUGGCUUAGCUUCCCUUGUUUUUGGUUUCUUAUGGAGAUAUGCCUUGGACUCUUCUAGCUUGUUUUUGGCCGAAUCAGCCAUUCUAGCCUGUAUAGCCCUUCGUUGGCACAACUUCAGCAACUGGCGAGCAAUCUGGACUGUUUUCACUACUACACUUCUUGCCUACCCCAGCUAUCUACUUCUUCAAGCUAUUCUAAUUCGGUGUUGCUAG